AUGAAUAAAGUCGCCGGAGCUCUUGCCUUGCUCCUUGGGCAGGCGGUAAGUGGGAUGCCGUUGGCGCUGGCGCUGGCGGUGCUGCUGGCGCAGGCGCUGGUGCGGGCACGGGCCGAGGCAGCGCUGAGCUGCGAAGAGGCGGCGUCGGCGCCGCUGGUGGCGCUCGAGCGGCCGUGCACAGCUGCCGCAGGCGCUUCGCACUUCGUGUGCAACCAGCGGCUGCCGCUGGCGCGGCACCAGAACGACGCACAGACGCUCACAGCCUUCAGCGUCCUCGCCCGCGCCCCCGCACGCCUCGAAACGGCCGCGGGCGACCUCGCCUUCUGUGUGGGCCUGGAGGAGCUGCUCAAAAGCGACAUCUACACCCCCGAGGGCUACUACCUCGACCAGCGAAACACCUUCGCUCGCGACCUGGCCGUGGGCGUUGUGGACCGGAAUUUCGUGCUGCGCCGCCUGGUGCGCGCGCUGGAGAGGCCGCCCGACUGCUUCCGGCUGUGUCUGUACGACCGCGACUUCCGCCUGGGCACACACAUCGUCAGCAACAUCGUCGACGCCAUCGACUGCAGCUCCAAGGUGAUGGUGGUGCUCACCCAGCACUUCAUCGCCAGCAAGGUGCCAGCACUGCAUAGCGCUGCUUUGGCGUAA